AUGGGGCCUCCAGGCGGUGGGAGGAAUCCUGUUACUCCUCGAUUUUUGCGACACUUCAACGUUUGCACUAUUAAUUCUUUUAGUGAUGAAACAAUGGUCCGCAUCUUCUCUACCAUAGUAGCUUUCUACCUACGGACUAGUGAAUUUUCUUCUGAGUUCUUCACAAUUGGAAAUCAAAUUGUCACUGCCACUUUAGAGGUGUAUAAGAAAGCCAUCAAAAAUCUUUUGCCCACACCAGCCAAAUCUCAUUAUACAUUCAACCUGCGUGACUUUUCACGUGUUAUCCAUGGCUGCUUGCUCAUUAAGAGAAAAUCAGUGGAAAGCAAACAUGUAAUGAUUCGUCUGUUUGUACAUGAGGUAUUUCGUGUCUUCUAUGACCGUCUAGUGGAAGACAAUGAUAGAGCCUGGUUGUUCAAUUUAAUGAAAGAUAUUGUGAAAGAACAUUUCAAAGAAGUAUUUGAUUCAGUUUUUGCACACCUGAAGCAGGGAAACACACCUGUAACAGAAGAAAACAUGAGAAGCUUGUUUUUUGGUGACUACAUGAUUCCAGAACUUGAGGGAGAUGAAAGACUUUAUGUUGAAAUUCCAAGCGUUCAGCUGUUCGGUGAUGUUGUGGAGCAGUGUCUGGAUGAAUAUAAUCAAACCCACAAAACAAGAAUGAACCUUGUAGUUUUCAGGUAUGUGUUGGAACAUUUGUCUCGUAUAAGCCGUAUUCUGAAGCAGCCAGGGGGUAAUGCUUUGUUGGUUGGAAUGGGAGGAAGUGGACGUCAGUCUUUGACUCGUCUAGCAGCAUUCAUGGCAAAAAUGUGUGUUUUUCAACCAGAGAUUUCUAAGACCUAUGGUACAAAUGAGUGGAGAGAAGAUCUGAAAGGUCUUCUGAAGAAUGCAGGUGUAAAAGGCUUGAAAACUGUAUUUAUAAUCACAGAUGCACAAAUUAAAGAAGAAAGCUUUUUAGAAGAUGUUGACAGUGUCCUCAACACUGGGGAGGUACCCAAUCUUUUUGCAGCAGAUGAAAAACAAGAAAUUACAGAGGGUGUUCGUGCAAUAGUUCAGGCUGGCAAUAAACAUGAAGAACUCAGUCCCUUGGCCUUGUUUGCAUUUUUUGUGAACUGCUGCAAAGAAAAUCUCCAUAUUGUGAUAGCAUUCAGCCCAAUUGGAGAUGCUUUCCGCAAUCGUCUGAGACAGUUUCCCUCACUCAUCAACUGCUGUACUAUUGAUUGGUUCCAGCUGUGGCCUGAAGAUGCCCUUGAGCGUGUGGCUAAUAAGUUCUUAGAAACACUUCAGCUCACAGACAGCGAACGUCAGGAAGUUGUGCCCAUCUGUAAAUACUUUCAUACUUCAGUUCUGUCACUCUCUGUAAGGUUCUUGCAAAGUCUGGGACGCCAUAAUUAUGUUACUCCUACUUCUUAUCUUGAGCUUAUUGCUGCGUUUCGGAAACUUCUUACUCAGAAGCGAGACACUGUAAUGAAAGCCAAGAAGAAAUACGUGAACGGACUAGAUAAACUAGCUUUUGCUGAAUCACAAGUUGGUGAGAUGAAACAAGAACUAGUUCAGCUGCAGCCCAAACUGGAAGAGGCUAAAUUGGAUAAUGCAAACAUGAUGAAGACUAUAGAAAUAGAAUCUGCAGAAGUAGAACAAAAAAGAAAAACUGUAAAAGUAGAUGAAGAAAUUGCUACAGAAAAAGCUGAAGAAGCUCAGACGUUGAAAAAUGAAUGUGAGAGUGACCUGGCAGAGGCAAUCCCAGCCCUGGAGGCUGCACUUGAUGCUCUCAACACCUUGAAGCCUUCUGAUAUAUCAAUUGUCAAAUCAAUGAAAAAUCCUCCAUCUGGUGUCAAACUUGUCAUGGCUGCUGUCUGUGUCAUGAAAGACAUAAAACCUGAAAAAAUUGCAGAUCCUUCAGGGACUGGAGGCAAGAUUUUGGAUUACUGGACUCCAAGCAAGAAACUGCUUGGUGACAUGAAUUUCUUAAAGGAUUUGAAAGAGUAUGACAAGGACAAUAUUCCAGCAGCUGUCAUGCAGAAGAUUCGGGCUGAAUACUUGACUAAUCCUGAGUUUGAUCCACAAAAGGUGGCUAAAGCUUCCUCGGCAGCAGAGGGUUUAUGCAAAUGGAUUAUGGCAAUGGAGGUGUAUGACAGGGUUGCAAAGGUAGUUGCACCGAAGAAAGAUCGUUUAAGAGAGGCACAGCAGUCCUUAGCAGAGACACUGGCACUCUUAAAUCAGAAGAGGGAAGAACUUGCAGCAGUUGAAAAUCGUCUGGCUGCUUUGGAACGAACCUUCACUGAGAAAACUGAAGAAAAGGCUCGUUUAGAAUUCCAGGUUGAUCUGUGUGCUAAAAAACUAGAACGAGCAGAGAAGCUGAUUGGAGGCCUUGGCGGAGAGAAAUCAAGAUGGAGUAAUGCUGCAAAUGAUCUUCAAGACACAUAUGAUAAUUUGACAGGAGAUGUUCUGAUAUCAGCUGGUGUGAUAGCAUAUCUGGGAGCUUUUACUGCUGGAUUUCGACAAGAAUGUACCAAAGAUUGGAGCAAACUGUGCAAGGAGAGAAAUAUCCCUUGUUCUGAGAAUUUCUCUUUGAGUAAGACUCUUGGUGACCCAAUAAAAAUAAGAGCCUGGAAUAUUGCUGGUUUGCCAACUGACAUAUUUUCUGUAGACAAUGGGGUCAUUGUUGACAAUUCAAGGCGUUGGCCAUUAAUGAUUGAUCCUCAAGGUCAAGCAAAUAAAUGGAUCAAGAAUUUUGAGAAGGAAAACCACCUGAAUGUUAUCAAGGUCAGUGACACAGAUUAUAUGAGAACCGUGGAGAACUGCAUUCAGUUUGGAACUCCACUUCUGCUGGAAAAUGUUGGAGAAGAACUAGACCCAUCACUUGAACCUCUGCUACUUAAACAGACUUUUAAACAAGGAGGCAUGGAGUGUAUCAGGCUUGGUGAGACCAUUAUUGAGUAUUCCAGUGAUUUCAAGUUUUUUAUUACCACAAAACUGAGAAAUCCACAUUAUAUGCCUGAACUUGCUACAAAAGUUUCUUUACUCAAUUUUAUGAUAACACCAGAGGGACUUGAAGACCAAUUGCUAGGUAUUGUUGUAGCGAAAGAGAGACCAGAAUUAGAAGAGGAAAGAAAUGCUCUCAUCCUUCAGUCUGCAGCCAAUAAAAAGCAUCUAAAAGAAAUUGAGAAGAAGAUUUUAGAAACCUUACAUUCAUCUGAAGGGAAUAUUCUAGAAGAUGAGACUGCUAUUGAGGUCUUGGAUUCUGCUAAAAUAACAGCUAAUGAGAUCACAAAAAAACAGCAGAUUGCAGAGAAAACGGAACUUAAAAUAGCUGAAUCUCGAGAAGGCUAUCGACCUAUUGCAAAGCAUUCAUCGGUGCUGUUCUUUAGUAUUGCAGACUUGGCAAACAUUGAUCCCAUGUACCAAUACUCCCUUAGCUGGUUUGUUAACCUCUUCAUCAACUCUAUUCAUGAUAG